CCGUGCAAGAAAAGCAUAUUCUAUAAGAUUCCCGCGCAUUUUACUUGUGUUCAAAUUACACUUUUAAUUAAUUACCUAAAUUCAGAUCCUUUACUGGGAUAAUUCUUUCGUAACAGAAGAUUCUACAGUAUAUUCCUUACUAACCCUUUCAAGCUACAAAUACUUCACCACUAAUCCUCUAGCUUAAUACACAAAACCAAGAAUUAGAACAGCAAAUAUCCCAUCAAAGUUUAUGGUUUUCUUAUCCUAGUAAUUUUCUGCCUUACAAGAAAAGCAUAUUCCCUAAGAUUCCCGCGCAUUGUAUUCAUCUUCAAAUUACACAUUUAACUAAUUACCUAACUAUUUCCUUAAUUCUAUAGAUUCUAUUCUCACCUAAAUUCAGAUCCUUCAAACUUUAAACUAUAAAUACCUGACUACUAAUCCUCCAGGUUAAUACACAAAGCCAAGAAUUAAUAGACCAAAAAUCCCAUCAAAGUUUCUGAACUUCUUCAACCUAGUACGAGUAGUUUUCUUCAGCAAUGGAAGGAAUAAUGGUGGUCUUCGACUUCGACAAGACGAUUAUCGAAUGUGAUAGCGAUAAUUGGGUAGUUGAUGAGUUGGGUUUUACAGAACGUUACAAUCAGCUUCUUAAUACCAUGCCAUGGAACUCUAUGAUGGACACAUUGAUGAAAGAGAUGCACUCACAAGGAAUAACAACCGACGACAUUGCUCGAGUUUUGAAAACAGUUCCGAUUCAUCCUCGUGUUAUUCCGGCAAUUAAAGCUGCCCAUGCUGCUGGAUGUGAUUUGAGGAUUGUAAGCGAUGCAAAUACAUUCUUCAUUGAGACCGUACUGGAUCAUCUUGGAUUAAAGAAUUGUUUCACAGAGAUUAACACAAACCCAGGUUAUAUUGAUGAAGAAGGGAGAUUAAGGAUAUUACCAAUUCAUGAUUUCACCAAAACUCCUCAUGGAUGCAACAACCCUUGCCCUCCAAACAUGUGCAAGGGUUUGGUGAUAAAAAGGUUAUUAAGUGAACACAACGCCAAGAAAUUCAUAUACUUAGGAGAUGGAAUUGGAGAUUAUUGCCCUUCAUUAAGGCUAAGAGAAGGCGAUCAUGUUAUGCCAAGGAAGAAUUAUCCAGUUUAUGAUAUGAUUUCAAGCAAUCCAAUGCUUAUUAGUGCCAAGAUCCAUGAAUGGGCCGACGGUGAAGAUCUGGAACGGAUUCUACUAUCUCUAAUCCAAGAUAUCAUCAUAUCUUAUAAUGGAGAUGAUGAUAAUAAUGUUAGUCAAUUAUUCGAGUUUGAUUGCAAGCUUGGGGUUUUGCCUGUUAUUUCCCAUAAAGCUUUGCCUAAAGCUGUAUGUUUGCGUUUUUAGAAGGUGGAAAGGAAAACACACUGUAAUUUUUGUUUAUUUUGUAGAAUCAAAACUAAAGAGAAUCUAUCCCUUAGAUUUUUUUUAUUUCUUUUUUAGGGUUUGGUCUUAGUUUUAUGUAACUAAAAUUUAAUUCUCAAUUGGUGAAUGACGAUCAUCUUUCGAUAUUGUAAAUUA